AUGAUCAGUAAAAAUCAUAAUUCAUCAGCAAAAGGACACUUAAGACCAAUAAUUAAUGCCAUAAAAGAGGAUGAUUUAAAUACAUUCAUUAAUGCUACAAGAUCAGUGAAUAUUUCUACAACAUUUGAUUUCGAAACAACUGAAGAUACGUUAGUACGUCAAACAGGAGCUGUUAAAAUUACCAUAUUAUCGGCGGCAACAUUUCUACACGUAGCUGCAUGGUACUCAGCACAUCAAAUAAUUGGUCAUAUUUUAAAAGGUCAUUCAGAGUCACUAGUUGAAAAGAAAACAGUAGAAGGUUUCACUCCAUUGCAUAUUUCCUCCGGAGUUGGUGAUUUUGUGGCAGUCGAACGACUAUGUAAAGCUGGAGCUAAUCCUGAAACCACAGAUACAAGUGGUAGAAAUGCAUUACACCAUGGUGUGGUUGGUGAUCCGGAGACUGCUGUUGUUCUUUGUUGUAUUAAUAAAAAAUUAGUCAUGGUUGCAGAUUCUAAAUUUCAAACUCCUGUUCAUUAUGCUUUGGAUCCAACUCGUUCAGCAUGUCAUAAAUUCUUGGCUGCAUUAUAUCAUGAUGUUAUACAAUCGGCUAAAGAUAGUUCAGAUAAAUCAUCAGAGAAUGAUAAGAACUUAUCAUUGACAUGGAUUCCGUUGAAUAUCAAGACCCCUGUUUGUGUAAAUCCGUCAAAAAAUCCUUCUUAUCCUGAAUUAUGUUUAUGUAAUACACCAUUAACUGAACAUCAUGAAAUGACAAAAAAUCCUCAAUUUCUUAAAGCAUUAAAAACUGGUAAAAUGAAAUAUUAUGAUUUACCAACAAAAACAUUUGGUGAUAUUGAAUUACCUACUGGUGCAUAUUCUCCAAAUUUCAUCCGAGUUUCCGACCAAACAGAUCCAGAACUUAUGAUGCAAAUUUUUACUAAAAUUUGGAAUUUAUCACGUCCACAAUUAGUAUUGAGCUUCUAUGGAGAUUAUACUGAUUCUAAAGUUAUUCGUGAAAAAAUACGACGAUUAAUUUGGAAAGCUAGUGAAUCCACAAAAACAUGGGUUAUCACUGAUGGAACCAAACGUGGUAUAUCAGGAAUAGCUAGUGGUGCCGUAAAGGAUUUUAUUCAAGCUUAUGGAGAAGGUCAAGUUGAAGCUAUUGGAAUAGUACCUUGGAAAUUUAUAUCAGACAACAAAAUAUUUGUACCUGACGAUUAUUCCGGAUUUUCCUCAGCAAUAUUCUCUUCGACUGCAGCAGAUGACAACAAACAUUUUGUUUUGGAUCCGAAUCUCACUCAAUACAUUUUUGUAGAUACAGCCAAACAACUUAUACCCCAUUAUGAAUAUAACUUUAGGGCUUCAAUAGAAUUAAUCCUCAAAAAGUGGAAGUUAAUUCCAGAUGAUUCACCACAAAUCUUGGCAGAAGCUCCAAUCCAAUUAUGUGCAUUUCUUUCCGGUGGAGAUGAAUCAACACUUAAAGCAAUAUAUGGAACAAUGCAAAAUACGAUUCCUGUUGUACUUCUCAAAGAAACAGGCAGGUUAGCAGAUAUUAUAAUUCAGUGUAUUGAAGACACUGAACUUGGGUCUAAAGCAACAUAUAAAAAAUCAAUCAGUGAAGGGUCAACUGGAACGGAAACAUUUCAAUUAUCACCUGGAAAUAUUAAACAAACUAUGGAAUAUUAUUGGGAUCAUAUUACACAUCCAGAAUUAUCUGUAUUAAUGAUUCAAGAAAUUUUAGAGAAAACAUAUUUAUUUAGUAUUUGUGAAGCAGAAGGUGAAGAUGAACACGGUGAAUUAGAUUAUCAUCUUUUAUCUUUAAUAAUGAAUCCUUCCAUAAAGGAGAAUGAAAAGCCAGAUGAGCUUAACGAAACCCUUCUUUCUAUUGCUAUUGCUCUAAAUCGAAGUGAUAUUGCCAGGGAUAAAGUAUUUAUGGAAGGAGUGAAGUGGGAUAAUUCUAAAUUAGUAAAACAUAUGAAUGCAUUAUUAUUAUCAAACAAAGUACAAUUCAUUUGUGUAUUUAUUGAGAAAGGAUUUUUAUUAUCUAAUUAUUUAACUGCGGAAAGACUUCAAUUACUUUAUACACAAUCUAUCCAUUCAGAUCAUCCAGGAGAAACUCUCAUUAAUGUGAUUCGUGCAUUUGUUAAGAUUCCAGAUCAGAUUAGUCUUUAUUUGAUUGGUCGUGCAUUGCGUGAACUUGUUGGUAGACAAUAUUGUCCAACUUAUAUGGCUCCUCACUUUUUCUUGAUAACAACUGGAGCGCCAAAAGCACAAAUAUUUGAGAAUCCUGCAACUGAUUUAUUUAUUUGGGCUUUAUUAACCGAACGAGCUACUUUAGCCGAUUAUUUCUGGACACAAGUCCAAGAUCCACUUCCAGCAGCAUUGUUUGCCGCUCUAUUAUUACGGCGUUUAGCAAUGAAUGCAACAUCUUUAGUGACUAGAGAAGGAAUGUUUCAAUUUUCAAGAUCUUUUGAAUCAAAAGCUUAUAGUUUGUUAACUGAAUGUUAUAAUGACAAUCAAAGUUUGUCAUUUAAAACAAUUAUACUUGAAAGAAAAUUAUUUGGACGUAUGUCAUGUCUUAUGCUAGCUGCAGAAGGCAAAUCCAUGAGUUUCAUUUCACAUCAGUGUUCUGAACAAUAUCUUGAACGUGUUUGGAAUGGAAUGAUUGAUCCAAGAUCAGGAAUGUUUCCGUUUAUUGUAGCCUUAAUAAUUGGAAUAACCCUACCUCCAUUAGUACCCUUUUCGUUAAAAUUCCAAGUCAAAGAAAAUGAGGCUAAUAAAUUUGAAACGGAUAAAAAAUCUAGAAAGCCAUCAGAUAGGAAAAUGUCUAUAGAUGGCAAAAGACCGACAUAUGAAACCUAUCAAACGGCCGAUAAUUCAUUAUCUAUGUAUUUUCAAAAGCUUCGAGGAUUUUAUUUAUCACCUUGUGUACGAUUUUCAUAUACAACAAUCUCCUACAUUGCAUUUUUGUGUUUUUUUACCUACGUUUUACUAUUUUCUGUUGAUCUACUCUUACCUGUGUUCUCAUUUCAAAAUAUUCUUUUAUAUAUGUGGGUGAUCUCUUUUAUUGCAGAACAUAUACGCCAUGGAAUGCUGGGUGAAGUCCCAUUUAAAAUAUAUUUAACAAAGCUUUGGAAAUGUUUGGAAAUUAUGGCCAUUAUUAUAUUUAUACUUGGCACAGCAUUACAACUUUUAGUAUUGACUGAAGAAGCGGAAAGAUUAUCAUUUACACCAGUGAAUCCAGUUAGUGCUAUACAAGAAACUUUAUUGCAGUUGGCAAGAAUAUUUUUUGGACUUUCAUUGUGUAUAUUCUAUCAUCGUAUCUUAGAAUUAUUUACAGUAAAUAUACGUUUAGGACCAAUGGUUAUUAUGGUACAGUCUAUGAUUGUUCGUGAUUUAAUUCCAUUUUUGGCUUUGUUCACUGUUGUCGUAGCUGGAUUUGCAAUAUUACAAUGGGUUACUGCUUAUCAAUCAACGGCUAGUUUAAAUCCACUGACAAAUUUAUUCACUGUAUUCAAAGCUUUACAAUUGGCCUAUUUCCAAGUGUUCGGUGAAUAUGAAAUGAAUACUUUAUCUGGUGAAGUUUUAUUGGACUCCUGUAAAAAUGAUAAAAUUAAUUGUCCAGGAGGCUGGUCCACUUGGCUAUCACCAAUACUUCUUGGUGUAUAUGUAAUACUUACUCAAGUUUUACUAUUGAAUCUUGUAAUUGCUAUGUUUGCCUCUACGUAUAUGAGAAUUGAAUCGGCAUCAACAAAAUAUUGGGCAUUACAAAGAUAUCAUAUAGUAGGAGAAUAUGUGAAUCGUUCACCGAUUCCACCUCCUUUAAACAUAAUCUGGUAUAUUUACUUAAUAAUACGUUAUAUAAUAAGAGGCUGUAGGAAAAGUCCACUGAAAAGUGAUCAUCCGUUUAAAAAAUCCUUUGAAUCUGGAUCAUCUCAAGAACUACGUCUUAUACAUUGGGAAAGAUUACGUUUUUGGGAUUAUGAUCGAUAUAUUAUUCAAGGUAAAAAACGUAAACAAAAGGAGACUGGAAAAAUGGUCAGUGUUCGAACUACAGUAAUGCAAAUGAAUAGAGGUGCUGAAAUGUCAUCAGAAAUAGCUGCAGCUAUCUCAACAUAUUAUCAUACAACGCAGGAUCAUCUAGCAAGAGUUGAAUCAAAAGCUGAUAGACUUAAAAUUGUUGAAGAGAAAGUUGAUAGAGUAUUAAGCUUAAUCAAAGAAUUAAACUUAAAGAAAUUACAACCAGAAGAAACGCAACCUAAACAGCAAACAGGCAUGGAUACAUCUCUUGGUUCAAGGCUUGAAAGAAUACUUAUAACUAAAGAAAAACCAAACAUAGCUUACUCCAGAUCAAAAUCCACUGAUCAACCAAUGAUAAAACUGAUUCAAGGAACAAAAAGCAGUCAGCUAGCUGUUUUUGAAAAAGGAUCACACAAAUAUGCAGGAUUUGUGCCACCAACAGCUGAUCGUACACCUCGUCUAUUUCCUCAUCCAAUACCAUGGGAUAAACAGUCACAGAAACCAAUGUGUUUAGGCUGGAAACCUCCAGUUUACUCAAUUGAAGGAUGGACUGAACCAGGAAAUUUUGCGGAAAUUUCAGAAGAAAGAAAGCUUCAGUUCAAAACACUAAUUCCUAAUGUUCCUCCUCCCGAUCCAAUAACUGGAUGUCCUAGAAAUCCUGGUGGUCGCACUGGAGUUAAUGGAAAAGGACAUUUACCUGAAUGGGGUGCAAACUCAGCUAUUAUACUAGUCAUUACAAAAAAGACAGGCGAACUUCUAUCUGAUUCCGAAUAUACAACAAAGGGAGAUUUUAAAGUUAUUGUUUAUAAAAAUCCGUUAGGCUCACAACUACCAUGGUUUCUAGUUCAACAUCCUACUGGUUGUAAUCGUAAAGUAUGUGUCAACGAAAUAUUUGGUAUUCUCACAAAAAAUCGUAUGAAACACUUGAUAAAAUCGAUGCCAACAAAGAAAACAACUUUAGUAGAAACUGUGAAAAAGUUCAACAAUUUAACUACAAAAAUUAUAUAUUCUGGAUAUUUGGAUGAUACAAUCAAUACAGAUAACGCCUGGAUCGAACCAACUGUAGUCCAUAAACAUAUUUCUGAUCCAGAUUUUAAUCAUGAUGAACUUAUUCAGUUACUCACUCCGGAAGGAAUUAAUGCGGUAUGGUUAGAUUCAACAAAUACAAUAGGCAUGAGAUCAAGUCAUGAGAAAAUUCUUCGACAAGUCAGAAGACGAAUACAAUCUUCCAGUAUAGAUAUAUCAAAAGCCACAAAAGAAGUCACAUUCCAUGAAGAAAAUGUGUGAUUAAAAAAAUAACAAAUAAAACAUCUAUCAAAUAUACUUGCUGAAAACUAGUUGGUGCCUAAAUUUUCACGUAAUUAGUUGUAAUUUUGUUGUAUCCCAGAAAACAGAUUCGAACAUGUAUAUUCCACUAUUUUGAUAUGUAAUAGAAAUAUUCCAUUAUUGUAUUCCAAAGGAAAAAGAUUUUCAC